UUGCGGUAUUGCGGCUGCGGCUAGUCUUUGCUAUAGGAGGGCGACCUCCUAGGGCAGAGAGUUCAUGAGUUCUGGAACUCACAAACCGUGAAUGGCUGUGAGUACACUGUAGAUGGCUGUGAAUUUACUGGCUUGCUGGUCUUCCGGCCAGAAUUCCUUGCCUCAACAAAAUUGUUUCCUUUAUUUGGUGUGAAAAAGGCUCCCCAUCAAAUAAACAAUUGAUGCUUUGUCUCUCCGAAACCCAGCGUAAACUCCUGGAUGGUAUUGGGUUUAGCCCCAAGGACAAAGGUGAGCGUAUAAUGAUGGAGUGCUCAGGGGAAGAAGCUGGAAACCAUACCGAAGAAGAUACCCUGAAGUUGAUGGAAUACACUAGCAACUGUUUGAAGAACGAAAUACAUCAAUACCAAUAUGCAUCUUGGACAACAUUUGGACGAAGACGCAUAUUUGCCAUACAAUGUAUUGGGAAUAAAUUGACAUUGCUAUCAACCAGUCGUAUGGGAAUUGGAAAAUGGUGCUUUGUGGAGAUACGGUCUGCAAUUGUACCAAGAGACUGGGAAGACCGAUACUAUUUGAAUCGUGUCAUGGAAUUGUUAAUGAAAUUAAAGGAAAUGCUUCUUGAACAAGAAGAAGUAAUUAUGGUUUUGAAGCAACAACUAUCAGGACAGUCUCCUGUAGAUAUCAAGGAUACAAUCAAAGCGGUCAUGUCGGGCCGGUACCACUGUUCAUCCAGAGGUGGAAUCGAUGGACCAAGCCGGCAAGAAGAUUUAGGUCAACCAUACCCAAAAGGUUAAAGCGAGUGAAGAAGGAUGCUGCAUGAGAGCAUCGGUGUUCAAAUUGUAUUUUUAUAUUUUUAGUUUCACA